UAUGUGCGGACCGAGGAGCCACACCCACACGCGAUCAUGUAGUGGCAAAGGCAUCGAAGGUGAUAGAUUCCUUUCGCUUAUUUGCGUUCACACCUACGACGCCUUCUAACCUAAAGAUUCCAUCACAAAACCGUGUUCACACGCAUGAAUCACAGGGUUUUUCAGGGUUUGACAUGCAAGAGAAGGUCAUGAGCAAGGUUGAAGAGGAAGGGUUUCUCGGAGAUUUCACAUCUUCUUCAACAACAACAUCAACAUCAACUCCUUCAUGCACAAAAGUGAAGAUCAAGAUUACAAAGAAACAACUUGAGGAGUUGCUUGGUAAGGUUGAAGUAAAGGAACUAUCAGUGCAGCAAAUUUUGUCCCAGUUGAUCAAUGGCAGUAGUGAUCAUGGAUCAUAUGAGCCGCAUCACCAGCCUUGGAGGCCUAAUCUACAGAGCAUACCUGAAUGA